UGAAACUAAGACCCUGAUCACCCAAAUCGAGAGCUACAAAAAUAAAUGCCUAAAGGACCUACCUAAACAGGUAACCGGGGUAAUUGUAUACUCGGUGAAAAACGCUGUGAGCCAACUGUGCAAACGCGACUCCAAACGGCUAUCCGAGUUGAUAGGGGCCGCCCCCUGUAUGAACCGGGGGUCCAAUGAGAUCAACAAGUGUUACACAAAAUAUAUUGACGGCGUUUUGGGGGCCAAAAACGCGGUCGACAAACGGAAAAUACCCCACAAUUGUUGUGAAUAUUUUCGCAUAUUUUCGUGUUCGGAGACUCGUAUGCGAACCGUUAAGGGCUGUACUGAGCAACAGAUUGACAUUACCCUGGAUUGGAUCAGGUCACUUUUUGGCAAUGUUAUCGAUUUGAUAUGCAGCGAUUAUACGGAGGGCUCCGAUAAAUGUUCCAGUUUAGAACCGGUACCUAAAAAGCGAAAAAACCAACGGCGCCCAAAGUCGUUCAUGCUACCAUUGGUGGACUUACUGGCUAGUUUUAAAGAGCUAUAACCUGGGUCAUAGGUUUACUAACUACACAACCUUGUACCAGUAUAUUAAUUAAUUAAUGAAGUAAUUAAUUUAAAAAUAACACAGUACA